AUGUCAAAAGAUGGCCCUCGCGAGCGACUUGAUUCUGGAGCUCCGGCUAUCCCUUGUUCUGAAGAUGAGGGGUCUCAAAAGGUUACGCUGAAGAUGAUUCUCCUCUCAGUCUGGGUCUCUUGGGCAGCAUGGAUUGGGAGUUUCGACAAUGGCUUCGCCGGUACUGUGCUUAUCAUGCCUUCUUUCCAGAAGGCCUUUGGCCAUUGCGAGGUAACUCUUGAUCCAGAUACUGGAAACCGUAUCGAACAGUGCAAUCUGAGCACGCUACAACAAUCCCUUAUCAAUGUUAGCAUACUGUUCAUGUGUGUCGGAAGUGUGAUUUCCGGCGUUUGUGGCUCGAGGAUUGGCCGAAGAACAACCAUUCAAAUUGCCUGUGUCUUUAAUGUGGUCGGAGCUGCCGGUAUGCUCGGCACAUCCGGCAGUUUCUCCAGUUAUAUUGUUUGCAAAUGCAUAGGUGGAAUUGGCAUUGGGCAACUGUAUGCUUCGAGCCUCGUCUAUGGCUCAGAAUGUGUCGUGGCAAGCAAACGUGGCCUCCUACUCGGUAUCUAUAACAUUGGUCUCGCCAUGGGCAAUGUUACUGUAUCAGCAGUAUGCGCCGGCUCAGCAAAACUCGAAUCAAAUAAUGAUUGGCAGUGGAAAACGCCGAUCGCCUGUCAAAUUCCUCUUGCCUUGAGUCUUGCCUUGGGCAUGUUUAUGUUUCCCGAAUCACCGCGGUGGCUUCUCUUGAAAGGCAAAGAGGAAUUGGCGCGGGACUCUUUUGCUGCGUUUCAGUCUCGAGGACCAAACUCAGUUGAAGUGACCAAGCAAGUGGAUGAAGUGCUACAGCACUUAGAGAUCGAAAGAAGAAAUGAAAAAUCAGCUUCAUGGUCAGAAAUUUAUCGUGGAACGAACCUACGUCGAACUGCAGUUUCUGUCCUGGUACUGGUUAGUCUUCCGCUGACAGGUAUCCAAUUUGUCGCGCCCUACGCAGCUUUCUUCCUCGAGGGUGUCGGAAUUGAGAAUCCAUACUUGAUCAAUGCCAUUGUUGCGUUAUGUAUUUUUGGUGGAGCCUUUAUUGGUCCAUUUGUCCUCGAUUAUGGAGGGAGAAGAUUUGCCAUGCUUGCUGGGUACGGCCUUAUGGCUAUCUCGAUGCUCAUCUUUUCCUCUGUGAGCACAGCCCUUGGAGCAGAUGAUCCGACCGCCCAGAGCGUUGUGGUCGCAUUUCUUUGCAUCUGGGCCUUUAUAUUCGGCGGGUUCAUCGGUCCUAGUGUGUGGCUUUCCUCGGCAGAAAUGCACAGCAUUAGACAUCGCACCUAUGGCCAAGCGAACACGACUUUUAUCUAUAAUAUCUUCGCCUUUGGGGCCUCUUUCUGGACGCCAUACAUGCUGAAUCCUGCAUAUGGAAAUAUGGGCGCUAAUGUUGGCUAUUUUUAUUUCGGAGUGACUGUUGCAUUUGUGAUUCUGGUGUUUUUCUUCGUUCCUGAAACAUCGAGGUUGACGCUGGAGCAGAUUGAUGACUAUUUUAUGUCUGGACGAAGGGCUUGGAGUACAUCGACCAAAAAGAACAUCGCUCUUGUUCGGACUGGCAUACCUAGCGAGCCAAAAUCAGGCUACAGCAUCGGGCAAUCUGAAGCUGCCAACAGUUCAUCUUUGACGAGCUGA